AUGAGUGUGAAUGCUGACGAAGAUCAAGUCCGAGCUAAGCUGAAACAGUUGAGAUGUCACUUUACGUGGAACUUGCUCAUUGAAGACACUGAACUGUCUGAUUUAGAAAUCAGGGCCUUUGAUGAAAUUGAGUUCCUAGACACAAAAUUCAACGUGGGAAUACACAACCUCCUGGCCUAUGUGAAAUACCUGAAUGGCCACAAUAAAGAAGCCUUAGAGAGCUUGAAAGAAGCUGAAGACAUGAUGCAGGCAGAACAUGCUGACCAGUCGGACGCGAUAAAGCUGGUUACCUGGGGCAACUAUGCCUGGCUGUAUUACCACAUGCACAGACUGACGGACGCCCAGAUUUACCUGGACAAGGUGGAGAACACUUGCAAAAAGUCUGCCAGCUCCUCCUCCUACACAAUCGAGUGCCCUGACAUGGACUGUGCCGAAGGAUGGGCCUUGCUGAAAUUCGGAGGAAAGAAUUAUGAGCGGGCCAAAGCCUGUUUUGAGAAGGCUCUGGAAGUGGACCCUGACAACCCUGAAUACAGCACUGGGUAUGCAAUUGUUGUCUUUCGUCUGGAUGGCAUUAACAAAACAUCAUAUGUUGGGGAGGCAUUUUGUGUGGAGCCCCUAAAACGGGCCAUCAGGCUAAAUCCAGAAGAUGCGUAUAUUAAGGCUCUCCUCGCCGUGAAACUUCAGGAGAUAGGACAAGAAGCUGAGGGAGAAAAGUACAUUGAAGAAGCACUGGCCAACAUGUCUUCGCAGACUUACGUCUAUCGAUAUGCGGCCAAGUUUUACCGGAAAAAAGGCGCUAUAGAUAAAGCUCUUCAGCUCUUAAGAAUGGCUUUGCAGGCCACACCUUCCUCUGCCUUCCUGCAUCACCAGAUGGGGCUCUGCUACAGAGCAAAAAGUUACCAAAUAAACACAGCUACAAACUGGCAGCCCAGAGGACAAGAUAGAGAAAAUAAUGACAGGGUAGCAAAAUCAGCCAUAUCUCAUUUUGAACGUGCUGUGGAACUAAAGCCAACAUUUGAUAUUGCUUAUCUACACCUCGCAGAGAUGUACGUACAGGUAGGCAGCUAUAGCAAAGCUGAAGAUGUUUAUCAAAAACUGCUCCGCGUGAGAUCACUUGAAGAAGAAACUAGGCAAGAGUUGUAUUUUCGCUAUGGUCGAUUUCAGGAAUUUCAAAAGAAAUCUUUAGUCGAUGCAAUUAUCUAUUACUUAAAAGCAAUCAAAAUAGAAAAGCCAUCAUUUAUAAGAGACAAAAGUAUCAGUGCUUUGGAGAAAGUGGUUUUAAGGAAACUUCAAAAAAACGCGGUAGACAUAGAAAGCUUGAGCAUCCUUGGGUUCACCUACAAAUUGAAAGGAGAAAUGAAUAAAGCCCUGGAGUACUAUGAGCGGGCCCUGAGGCUGGCUGUUAACUUUGAGAAUCCUGUGGGACACACUCCUUAG